AUUUGCCAGCUGUUUUUGGCUCUCAGGGAGCGCGAGAGAGGAUUACUGUGCUCUCGCGAGAGCGCGAGAACCGUUUAUAUUGCCAUAUUUUUCCAGUUCCCAUAUAAAAGCACCGCUGCUCGUGUUUUCGUUACGUUUUAAAAAAAUCUCGAACAAAAUAUGACAAGAAAACAUCGGAUAAAUCGCCGGGCAGAAAAACCACGGUAUCCAGUGAAAAACAACUGAUAUUUAUCAGAUUUUCAAAUAUAUAUAUUUUCAACAAAGAAAAUAGAGCAAACCCCCAAAAAAACGCAGAGCGGAGUAAAUACAAGUUGACUUCUGCUGCAGCUGCCUCAACGACGCUACAAUGUGACAGGCGGCAGCAGCAGCAGCAGCAGUAGCAGCAGCAACAGUGCCAGGAGCAACAUCAGCUAGAAAUUCAGUGGCAGCAACAAGAAUUACAGGAGCAAUAACAAUAGUCCAAGCAUAAUUUUACAAAAAUUGAAAACAGAAGAACGCCAGCAAUAACAAAAAUUUAAACGGCAGGAAUAACAGAAUAUCAACUAGCAGCUAAAACCACAAUCUAAACGGCUUAUAAACCAUAAUAAUUAAAUUACAUUUAAUUUAAUCUUGUAUUACCGAGGACAUCAACCGCUGACAACUAUCUAUUCGAGACACUAACCGCUCAUCACAACAUUUUCGAAAAGGGCAGCAGAAAUAACAAUACCACCACAGAAAUGAUAGAAAACUUCGAGUAAACCAUACAAAUUAAAGGUAAAGGAAAAACGCAAUACUUUUUUUAAACGCAAAUACCGGAAAACAAGUGUUUUUGGACUGAGAGGAGACAACAACCAAACGGUGAAGCCAGCGGAUACACCAACCCUUUGGGGAAACAGAGUGAUUAAAAAGAGGUGUUUCAAAAACUAGCUUAAAGAUCAGGCUGAGGAGAGCGACAGACUGAAACGAAGGUAGCUAAGGGGAGAGCAGGAUCAGGAGGAUCAGCAGGAGGAGCAGGAUUAGCAGGAGGAGCAGGAGGAGCAGGAUCAGCAGGAGGCGCAGGGUCAGCAGGAGGAGCAGUAUCAUUGGAAUGCCCAGCACGGCGGGCAGUGCAGCGGGCGUUGGGAUGGGCGCUCUGAUCAACAGUGCCGGUAGUAGUGCCAGUAGUGUCAUGGGCAUCGGACUAGGCGGAGCAGCUGUAUCUGGAUCUGGAGCAGAGGCCUCCGCCGGCACCUUGAUUGCCCAGAGCACGGCGGGUACGAGUGCCGCCAGCAGCGGUACGAUCACCUGGGACAACAAUGGCACCCUGCGAUCGAUCAAUCCCGGCGACUGGUCCAUCGAACAGUGCUUCGGAUGGCAGCAGCCGCAUCACCUGUACUUUCAGCUCGGCUGGGCCUUCCUCUUCCUGGCCUUCCUGGCCCCCCACGGUCCCUACGGAUCGCUGUGGAUGCGGGCCACGCUGCUCAUUGGCUGCCUGAUGAUGGGCAUGCACGGCUAUCUGGUCGCCUGCACCCCGGACUUAGUUUUGUGGUCGAGCAUGGGCCUGUUCGUCAACUUUGUCUAUCUCGUCGUGGUGCUGUGCCGGCUGAGACCCGUGAUAUUUGAGCAGGAAAUCGAGGCGGUGUACCUGGCACUUUUUCAGCCGCUGCACGUGACUCGUCAUCAGUUCAAGAAGGUGCUCAACUGCAUGAAGGUGAUACGCGCCCUGAAAUACCAGGAGGUCUAUGCCCAGGAGAAGGUCACCAAGGUCGACAGCCUGUCGCUGGUGCUGAGUGGCAAAUUGGUGGUGUCCCAGCAUCAGCGAGCCCUGCACAUUGUGUUUCCCCAUCAGUUCCUAGACUCGCCGGAGUGGUUUGGCGUCUCGACCGAUGACUACUUUCAGGUCUCCAUUAUGGCCAUGGAGGAGUCGCGGGUGCUGAUCUGGCAUCGCGACAAGCUCAAACUGUCUAUUAUGGCCGAGCCCUUCUUGCAAACCGUCUUCGAUCACAUUCUCGGCCGAGAUGUGGUCAAGAAGCUGAUGCAGGUCACCCAGGUGAGCGAAUCGAUAGCCAGUAAUGGCUUUUUGCCCUCGGGAGGAUAUGCGGAGGAUGCGGAGGACAAGCCCAUGUUGAUACUGAAGAAGAGUGUGGAUGUGGGUCACGGACUGACGGCCUUGAUCAACCGGCAGUUACAGGAAGAGCAUGUUCCUUUACUUGGUCGCACGUACAAACAACAACUACUGCAACAACAACUAGAACAACAACUACAACAACGACAAUCCGUACAAGAAGCAACAACAAGCGCCAACAACAUCGAGCAAAGUGCAAUGUGAAUUUAUGCAAUCGGCCCGCUGCUGCUCAACUUGCCACCAACAAUCAGAGCACUCCACCGUCCCUUCACCUUUGACCUGCACAACAACAACAAGAACAACAACAACAAUACCACCCACAAAUAAUCACAACAAUCAUCAGUCAUCAGUCAGCCAUCAAUCAAUCAAUCAUACGCCGCAACAUCCAAGAAAGCACUGUCGAAGAAAUCUGGAAGCUCUCCAUCUAAAUAAUCCCCAUCUAGAAUCCCCUAUAUACAAUCAUCUCAUAUCUAGCAUAGCAACUAGCACUAGAACUAAACACUAAACAAACAUCUAACACAACUAAUCGUUCUAAUAGCCAACUUUUGUAUCACCUCACAAAGUCAAACAAUCAGACAAGAUUUUUUGUAAACUUCACGUCUUGGGAAACGUAAACUUUCCAUCCCAGCGGAAAUGUUCUAAAAAAAACAGUGCUGACAGGUCAUGGCCUAUUAAAAACCUAGAAAAAACUUACUUUAAAGUCCCUUCAUUUGUUACCUGCCCUAAAUUCAUUCUAAAAUAUCUAAAUGGAGCGUUUUUUCACUGAAAUUAUGUAAGCAUGCUAAACUGAUGCAAUUAUAAAAGUUUAAAAACUGUUCACAAUAAUUUGAAUCCACGUAAAAACAUAGUAUCUUCGAAAAAACAUUGAAAUCAAGUAGGAAACUUAAUAGCCUGGCAACACUGUUUAAACACUGGAUCCUUAGAAAAAAGAAAAAAAAACAAAUCGUCGCUGUAGUCAAACCAGUUGUAGACGUUGUAAUUUAUUUUGACUGAUCAUGGUUGUAUGUUGAGUUGUAGUCAAACAAGACACUUGAUUGCUCAUGAAUUAGUUUCGUUUUGAGUGGGCUUUUCAAUUGAACACGAUCAGACAGUCAACCAAGGUUUAGAUUUUAAAUUAAUUGAUUAUGGUUUUGAUUUGGAAUUGCAUUUCGUAUUAUUUGCUAUGAAAUACAUUUGAAAAAUUAUUUUUAUAGAAGUGAUAAAUCAUGAAUGGAAUUAGGUCUUAAAUAUAUGUAUUUAUAAUAAGGACAAUUUAGGCGAUCUUUUGAUCCCAAAAAUCUACAAUAAAAUCCCACAGUGGUGAUCGCUAUUUUUUGUGCUAUAUUUGCAAUAUUAUUAUUAUUUUUUAGGGUAUAUCUGAGCAAUCUUCAUAUUUGUAAUAAAUUAAGCAUUCAUAGGGAGAUGACAUUUAUCAAUGAUUUUAUAAUGAGUAUUAACUAGUUCUCUGACAUGGUAUUAAAUAAAUAAACAAGCAUGCAAACCGAUUAGAUCAACAGCACUUUAGUUGCAGUUACAGAUUUAAGAACUCAGAAACGAUCGGUUUAGUGACAGGUGAUAAAUGAACUUUUCCGCUGGCCCAACAAUUUCCUUCACUUGAUUUGAUUUAAUUAAUUUGAUACCGCUUGGCAUUUAAUGGAAAUGUACUGUGCUGGCAUAUCCAUCAAGUCGCUAUAUCUUCCAUUAACACAUUAUAAUUUUUUGUUUGUAUUUCUUUAUGCAUAUGUUGUUUUUUUUCAUUUGAUUUGUUGAUUGAUUCGCAUACAAAUUGAGCUUGAAGAAAGCGUGAAAACUAAUUAGAAUUAAUAACGAAUAAUAUUUUAUAAUGUUAAGCAAUACAUAGCCUAAGUCGUUGUACAUACACUAUAUACAUAUAUUUGCUGUACAUAACCCCGAUUAUCCAUGAAUCCGAGAACCCCCCAUCCAAUGCUCCCCCAAGAAAGUGUAAUAAUCGAAAAGGAAUCAAUGUGAAUGUAAACAAGCCAAAAACGAAAGCUAAUAAAAAAACACAUAUAAUACCAA